AUGAGUCCCACUAGCCGUCAUCAUAAACGCAAGGCCUCGAGCGCUGACGAGGUCGUGGACGAAUUGCAUCCGUACAAAAACCAUGUCGCCACAGCUACUCAGGCACUCCAAGAGCUUGAUAGCUCUGACCACGACACGGCUGAACAUCGUCGGCAUGGAAUUAAACCCGAUCAGAAUGGGCCUAUGUCGCCAUCGUCUGAAAGAGGAUUGCCAUUGCAAGAUCCCGAGAACAACUCUCCCGUUUUCAGACCUGACUCUCCAAUGGUGCACGUCAUCCAGACGGACACAAUUGAAGUUGCAAACAUCCCUGUGACUGCGGCUGGCCGGUCUGCUCCGACGAGCCACGAGGCCAAUGGUGCAUCGGAAAACGGCCUAGAUCCCAAUGGCGAGGAUGAGCCCCGGGCUUCUGGAUCUGCUGUUCCGAAACGUAAACGCAACUUUAGCAAUCGGACGAAGACCGGCUGCUGGACGUGCCGUGAGCGAAAGAAGAAAUGUGGCGAGGAGCGACCAAUUUGCCGCAACUGCAAAAGGGGUGGAUUCCGGUGCAAGGGUUACGGUAAAUAUCCCAAUGACCCAUCAGAAUGGCCCAGCAAUGCACCCGAUCAGACCAUGACUGGUGAACCCCUGCCAGUCGAUCGAACAAGCGGUAAUGCCGCAAUGACACGCGAUGACAACAGCCACCUGGCGACCCCCGAGUCUAGCCUUCCGGCCAACAUCCCUCGAUCAGAGAUUGGGACUGUUACUCAUACGUCUCAGAUUCAAGCGGUGGCCCAUUUACAGACUGAAGCUAGGACCCAACCAUGGUAUGAUGCACAGCCGUCCUGGAUUCCUCAACGACAGUCUACAUCCCAUCACCAAGAACAGCUCCCACGACUUCCUGAACUCAGUCAGCAGGAUUACAAUCCCCCUAUCUCUACGCAAACAUCACAAGAGAUGCUAUUGCCAACCAACCAGAACACAUAUCCUCCUCCUCCAUCUAUGGCCUCCUUCCAGUUUCAACAAGGAAGACACGAACCUGUCACGCUGCCUCCAGAAGUGGCGAUCCCGCCGCCACCCGCUUCACAGGGUAUUCCUCCACAGCCCAUGCCUCCGCAGGUCAAUCCUCCACAGCCGAAUUCAACACAGCCCAAUCCUUCACAGCCACAGGAGCGUCCAGUCCGAAACUGGGAUCCACAUCGUCCUCCCCGGCAAGAUAUAGGGACCAACCGUCCUCCACCUGAAACCGAAGCAACAAUAAUGCAAAGUCUACCCGAACCUCAAAGAGCUCCCACCAAAUUUUUCGGCAAGGAGGACGUGGAGCGUUCGAAAAUGACAAGGUCGUCACCGUAUCAGCACCUCGAUAUAACACUGUGGAAUGAGCGUGCUCGAUGCAAACGUGCUUUGGAACGAUAUAACACAUCGUACGAUCUCGAUCCGAGAUUCAGCAAAGAGGUACUUCGAAACCUAUUGAUGACGGUAAUUGACCCUAAAAAGGACACAACGUAUGGGAACCCUUCACCAAUCCCAGUGGCAGGAAUGCUAGGAAAUGGUGUUGUCAUUGAAGCCCCUUUCAAAUGCACCUACGGUUACAACCUGAAGAUCCACCAGGACGUCUUUAUUGGAGAGAAUUGUAAUAUUGAUGAUGCUGCCGAGGUUGAAAUCGGCGCAAGAACUUACAUCAGGUGUGGCGUUACCAUCAUCACAUCGACUGUGAUGGCAGACAUGAUCGAACGGAAGGGCUGUGAGUCUCAAUCGAUCGCUGAGCCCGUCCGCAUCGCCGAAGGCGUGACGAUUGGCCCCGGAGCUGUGAUUUGUUCUGGUGUGUCGCUGGGAUAUGGAUGUACUAUACAUGCCUUUGAAGUAGUUAAAGAAGAUGUCGGGCAAUUUCAAGAGGUGGGGACUGGCAGCCGCCGUGCUCGACUGACCGUGAAUACUGUCUAG